CUGAUCAUCAUGGGGGAUGCGGGCAUGAAACAAACAGUUUCUACUCCAGAGAAUCCUGCCGAGCAAGACUCUCUCUUCAGCAUGACUGAUCUGUUUCUCAUCUCGCUCAUCACUGGACUUUUGACGUACUGGUUCUUCUUCCGCAAGAAGAAGGAAGAAAUCCCUGAGCUUCCCAAAAUCUCAUCAGUAGCAUCUCCAGUGAGAGACAGCAGCUUCAUUGAGAAGAUGAAGAAGACGGGGCGGAACAUUGUGGUUUUCUAUGGUUCCCAGACGGGUACAGCAGAGGAGUUUGCCAAUCGCCUCUCCAAAGAUGCUCAUCGCUACGGCCUCCGGGGCAUGGCAGCUGAUCCAGAGGAGUAUGACUUGUCUGACCUGAGUCGCCUCUCUGAGAUUGACAAGUCCUUAGCAGUGUUCUGCAUGGCCACGUACGGGGAGGGAGAUCCUACGGACAAUGCCCAAGACUUCUACGACUGGCUGCAGGAGACCGAUGCGGACUUGUCGGGUCUCCGGUUUGCGGUGUUUGGGCUGGGGAACAAGACUUACGAGCACUUCAAUGCUAUGGGAAAGUACGUGGACAAGAGAUUGGAGGAGCUAGGAGCUCAGCGCAUCUUUGAACUUGGGCACGGAGACGAUGAUGGCAAGUGAGUAGCUUGAAGGGAUGGUCCA